AGAACACUUGAAUAAAAUAGUUUUGAAAAUUUAUCCAUGGCUUGCAAAAACCACAUAAGUACUUUGAAGGCAUAGAUAUAAGAAAAUUCACAAUUACUCUUCUUCCUUCCAAUGUGUACUAUUUCUCGACAAAAAGACGUUCAUUUUCGCACUAUAGUCACUGAUUCUUCAUGUCAAAAGAAGUUCGCAAUAGAGAGUUAAAGAAGAGAAGGUGAUAAUGGCAUCCAGUGGAGGUGUUAAUAGAAAGGUUUGUGUUACUGGAGCAGGAGGGUUUGUAGCAUCAUGGCUUGUUAAACUUCUUCUCUCCAAAGAUUAUGUUGUCCAUGGAACAGUUAGAGAUCCUGGUAGUCAGAAAUAUGAACACUUGCUUAAACUUGAGAAGGCUUCUGAGAAUCUUACACUCUUCAAGGCAGAUAUUUUGGAUUAUGAAUCUGUUUACUCCGCAAUCGAUGGAUGCAGUGGAGUUUUUCAUGUUGCUUGUCCUGUACCAUCAACAGUUGUAUCUAAUCCUGAGGUGGAAGUGAUUGAGCCUGCAGUGAAGGGGACAACUAAUGUACUUGAAGCGUGUCUAAAAGCUAAUGUAGAACGUGUCGUCUUUGUUUCAUCUAUUGCCGCGGUUUGUAUCAACCCUAAUGUACCGAAAGAUAAAGUGAUUGAUGAGUCUUUUUGGUCUGACAAAGACUAUUGCAAAGAAACUAAGAACUGGUAUUGCUUUGCGAAGACAGAGGCGGAAGAGCAGGCGCUGAACUUUGCAAACAGGACCGGGCUUCGUAUGGUGAGCAUUUGUCCUAGUUUAGUUUUGGGGCCAAUUUUGCAGUCAACCACUAAUGCAAGUAGCUUGUUUCUCAUCAAACUUUUAAAAGGCUGUGAUUCAUUGGAGAAUAAACGUCGAUGGAUAGUUGACGUACGUGACGUGGUUAGUGCAUUAGUUUUGGCUUAUGAGAAUCAUGAAGAAGGGAGGUAUAUAUGUAUUUCACAGGCUUUCACAACACGAGGUUUGGCAGAGAAAUUGAAGAGUAUAUAUCCAAACUACAAGUAUCCUAUAAAUUAUAUUGAGGUGGAUGAUUACAAAAUGCUGAGCUCAGAGAAAUUGCAAAGUUUGGGUUGGAAAUGCAGGACAAUAGAGGAAACACUGGUUGAUUCUGUUGAGAGCUAUAAGGAGGCAGGACUACUUCAAUCAGAACAAUUUUAGUUUCCUAAAAUCAAAAUAAAUGUGACUUGUCAAUGUUUUUCAGUUUAUGUAUUUGCUUAUGCUUCUCAAACUAAUGUUUGCUUUUAGAUUUACAAUGUGUUAUUAUUAAAUAACUUGAAACUUGAUUAGUUUCCCAAAGAACACUAAGUCAAACUUGAUUAGAGUACUUAAAAAUGCUGGAAAUUAUGGUUAAAUAAUUGUAAGAGAAGAUGUGAAUUGAAAGAUGAAUAUUGAUAUGCCAGUUGAGAUAUCUCUUACAAUAUCAA